AUGGUGGGAGACUUAAAAACGAAGGUUCCAAUGGCAUUCAGAAUGAAACUAACAACAUCUCUGGAAAAACCAGCUGCUGAUAUGACCCUUUAUCGUCAGAUGAUAGGAUCAUUAAAGUAUUUAACAGCUAGUCGACCAGACAUUAUGUUUUCCAUUUGUUAUUGUGUUGGGUUCCAAGCGAAUCCUCGUGAACCCCAUAUUGUAGCUGUCAAGAACAUUUUUAGGUACUUAAAACGAACCUCCUCAUUAGGCAUAUGGUAUCCAUCAAGCUUAGCUUUCUUCGUACAAGCAUUUUCAGAUGCUGAUCUGGCAGGGUGCAGCCUGGAUAGAAAGUGUACAACAGGAGGAUGCCAAUUUUUAGAUGGCAAGCUCGUGAGUUGGCAAUCGAAAAAGAAAACUUGCGUAUCCCUUUCAACUGCUGAAACAGAGUACAUAGCUGCAACCUCAAGCACCUCACAAGUCAUUUGGAUUCAAAGCCAACUUCGUGACUAUGGCAUUAACAUGAAGUGA